UUGCUAAAAUAAUGGAUAAUUCUGAAAGUAGAAUCACAUAACGAAAUUCGGACUUUUUAGAUUUUAACACUAAAGAAUGAAAAAACUUUUCUGCGGUUUUUCGGCUUGACGCAUUUGCUCACAGUCCUACUGUACUGCUCGAAUCAUUCUCUGUCGAACGAUGUAGAAUACAUCUAUUUCAACCCUUUUUCUAGCAAAAUCCUGCCAAAAAUUCUCUAUGGCAAAAACUGAAAAUUGUCUCGCUCCUAACUCAGCCAGUAUGAGUCUGGCAGUUGGGAAAUUUUUAUAGGAUACUCGGCAAAGACAGGGGAACAAAACAUAUCAUUUUUUAUGAACACUUUCAUUUUUUUUAUGUCGAUUGUACCAGAAAGUUACGUUUCUCUCAUAUCUACGUUAAUAUUUCAAAGAACUAAUAAUAUCUCUUUUUUUAGCAAUCUCAGCAACAAUUUUCAUGUCCAAAUUUGAAUUCUGCUUCAUCUCAGCAGUCUCUAACUGUAUCUACAUCGAAUACAACGCUAUCUCCCGUUGUUAAAUCACCUAAAUCAUUAUCAAUAAUGAAUAUACCAGCUGAAGAAAUACCAUCGAAAAAAUUAAAUGGCUGUUCUUCAUAUUCAACAACAUCCGUAACAUCAACUGUUCAAUCGACAUCCUCUCCGUUGAAAAUUAUCAUUAAAACAUCACCAACAAAAGCACCAUCAUUAUCAAAUGGAAAUGGGCAUGCUAAAUUAAAUGGACUAAAAUCAAUAUCUCAGCAUUAUUGUAAUAAUGACGGUGAUUCAUCUUCACCAUCACCAGAUCAUUUAUCAAUUGAGAAAAAAAUCGAUGGUAUCAAAGAGAAACAACCACUAAUUCCAGAAGAAACAUCAGUCGAAAAUAGAGUUACCGCUCAAUCCGCAUUAAUAGUACAUGAUGCUGAUCAAAAAAUAGUAGAGAAUGACAUAUCACAAUCGAUGGAUGAACAAGAAAUUUUGGGUGGUAAAAGAAAAAGAAAUCAUGAAAAAAAACGAAAGAAACAUAAACACAAUAAAAAAUUUAAACAUCGUAGCCGUUCACCAGUAGAACAAAUUGGUGAACCUAACAGUGAUCUAAAAGAUGAUGAUUGUUCUCUUCAUUACCAUCACCAGUAUCGAUCCCGUCGUCUAUCUUUAUCGUCAAAUCGUUCAUUGUCACCUGUAUCGCGCGAAAAACGACAAAGAAAAAAGAAAAGAAAAGAACAUCGACGUUUGAAAAAACUUCAAAAUAAUGGACAUAAACGAUUUUUAUCGUCUUCUCGUUCUCGUUCUCCUACGCAAACUUCUUAUCUGCCCGUACGGACUACAGGAAUGAAAAAUAAAACUUUUAGUACUUUGUGA